CAUAGCGGGCCACGCCCCUUCUGCCGACGUCACCCGGGGUCCGCAUCUGCUGCAGUCGCUGCGGGAGGAGCGAGCGCGGCAGAGAUGGCGUCGGCUACCGACUCCCGCUAUGGGCAGAAGGAAUCCUCGGACCAGAACUUCGAUUACAUGUUCAAGAUCCUGAUCAUCGGGAACAGCAGCGUCGGGAAAACCUCCUUCCUGUUCCGGUACGCCGACGACUCCUUCACGCCCGCCUUCGUCAGCACCGUCGGCAUCGACUUCAAGGUCAAGACCAUCUAUCGGAACGACAAGCGCAUCAAGCUGCAGAUCUGGGACACGGCCGGGCAGGAGCGGUACCGCACCAUCACCACCGCCUACUACCGCGGGGCCAUGGGCUUCAUCCUCAUGUACGACAUCACCAACGAGGAGUCCUUCAACGCCGUGCAGGACUGGUCCACCCAGAUCAAGACCUACUCCUGGGACAACGCCCAGGUGCUGCUGGUGGGGAACAAGUGUGACAUGGAGGACGAGCGCGUGGUCUCCUCGGAGAAGGGCCGCCAGCUCGCCGAGCACCUGGGAUUUGAGUUUUUCGAGGCCAGUGCCAAGGACAACAUCAACGUGAAGCAGACCUUCGAGCGGCUGGUGGACAUCAUCUGCGAGAAGAUGUCGGAGUCGCUGGACACGGCCGACCCCGCUGUCACCGGGGCCAAGCAGGGCCCCCAGCUCACGGACCAGCAGGCCCCUCCCCACCAGGACUGUGCCUGCUAGGGGCCAGCCCCCCCCCCUCCUCCACAAACCCCCCCAAAAACCGGUCAGUGCACCCCCCAACCCCCCCCCAGCCCCUCCUCUUGGGGGUCCCGCGGGGGAAUUGCUGCUGAUACCUCCCAAAGGGCUGCGGCCCCUUUAGGAGCUCCCCACCCCACCCACACCCCCAUAAUUCAUUAGGCUGUGCCCCCCAACCCACCCCCUUAAUUUAUUUUGAAGCCUGGGCUGGUAGAAAACUCCCCUCAUUCUGCUUUUAAUCACUGUCCAAGGAACCAUCGCCCCCAGCCCUUCCCUGAGAACCCCCUUCCCUGGGGGAUCCCCUUCCCUGGGGACCCCACUGCUCUGAGGGGACCCCCCCUCUUCCCUGAGAAACUCCUGCCCUGGGGACCCCUAAUCCCUGGGGACCCCCUUCCUUGAGGACCCUAUUCCCUGGGGGAUCCCCUUGCCCUGGGGACCCCCUGACCUUGGGACCCACUGCCUUGGGAGACCCUCCUGCCCUGAGAAGCCCCUUCCCUUGGGAUCCCCUUCUCUGAGAACCCCAUUCCAUGGGAGACCCCCCCUCUGUGCCCUGAGACCCCUCCCCUGCCCUGGGAGACCCUCCUGCCCUGAGAAGCCCCUUCCCUGGGGACCCCCUUCCCUUGGGAUCCCCUUCUCUGAGAACCCAUGGGAGAUCCCCCCCUGUGCCCUGAGACCCCCCCUUCCCUGGGGACCCCCUUCCCUGGGCACCCCCUUCCCUGGGCACCCCCUUCCCUGAGAACCCCUUUCCCUGGGGAUCCCCUUCCCUGAGAACCCCAUUCUCUGGGAGACCCCCCCCUUCCCCAAGGACCCCCCUCCCCAGGGUGUGGCUGCUUCCCCAGGACCCCCAAACCCCAAAUCCCCCCUCCCCAGCCUGGCAUUGCUCCCCCCUUUCCCCCCCCCCCCAAGAGCUCCCGGAAGGGGGAUGAGCUCUUUGUUCCCGGCUUUUCCUGCCCCUCCAGCUGGAUGGAUAUUUCCUGACUCUUGUUUAUUUGUAUAAAUAGAUGCUAAUUUAUGCUCCCGCCGUCUUCCUCCUUGUACAUACAGAGAUUCCUUGUAAAUAGGCGUAGGAAGUGACGCUGUGACCUGCUGUGCUGUGGCCGUGGUGGUGCAUUUAUAUAUAUAUAUAUAUAUAUUUUGAUUUUUUUUUUCCUCUCUUUUUUUUUUUUCCUCCUUUUUUUUUUUUUUUUUUUGGUGUGGUAACCUUGCUUGUGAAUAUCACUUUAAAAAAAACAAACAAACAAACAAAAAAACCACAAAAAACAAACCGAAAUCUCUUAUUAUUUAAAAGAUUUAAAAGGAAAUGAGUUCAUUAAGUAACAUCAGCGAGGCCAAGAGACCUGGAGUGAAUCAGCCCCGGGGUUUGGAGGGGGGGGGGACGAGCAGAGUGUUGCUGGUUUGCUCCAGGGAUUUGGGAAUCUCGUGUUCCUGUAGUACUGUGCUUCUGUGGAGACUGUGAAUAAGUGGAUAUUCCCGUAGCAAUGACAAGAGCUGCCCUUUAUUUAUUUUUUUUUUCUUGGAGCGCCGUGUCUUUUAUUUCACAGGGUUUUUUUUUCCCCUUCCCCUCUUUCCCCUCCCCUCCCAUAAUUCCAUCUUCCUCCCUCUCCCCCCUUUUCCAGCCCCCUCCCUCUUUUUUGUGAAGUUUACUUAUGGAAGAGUUACACUGUACUGUACAAAUGUCAAAAGUGUCAAAAAAAACAAAACAAAAAAAAAAAGGGUACAAUUUCCUAAAAAUCACUGUAUUAAAAAGAAAUGUUGUGAAGAAAUAAAUUGAUGCUGAUCACA